AUGGAGAAGAAAAAGGCAGCGGCGGCGCGAUCCGCUCGCAAGGAGCGAAAGUCCCAUGGAGCCGCGCGGAGUGGCGACUGCGGUGUGAACGCCGGCGAUUUCAUCAGCCGCCUCCCGGACGCCGUCAUCGGCACCAUCAUCUCUUUACUCCCCACCAAGGACGGCGGCCGCACGCAGAUCCUCUCCCGCCGAUGGCGCCACCUGUGGCGCUCUGCUCCUCUUAACCUCGAGGUCGUCACCGGGCCUCUCGGACCCUGUCCUGGGCACCAUCAUCCCUCCGCGGUCCACCACUCCGCCGUCUCCAAGAUAAUCUCCCAACACCUUGGCCCCGCCCGCCGAUUCUGCCUCAAGCACCUGAUCGACGGCGACCUCCCUGAGAUGGAGAGCUGGUUGGACUCCCGAGCCAUCGUCAACCUCCAGGAACUCGACAUCACCAAUUACGCUGGAUAUAAGACCGGCUAUACAUUGCCGCAAUCCGUGUUCCGCUCCGCAUCCACACUUCUCGUUGCCAAGAUAAUGGGUUGCAAUUUCCCGGACGCGAUCACAUGCUCCAUGAAUUUCUACCUCCUCAACCAGCUUUCCUUGGAUUGUGUUUCGAUCCCUGCGAAUGUGUUCCACGGCUUGCUCUCCGGCUGCCAUGCCUUGGAGAGCUUAGCCAUGCUGGAAGUUCAUGCUGCUGGUUGCCUCCGUGUUAGCUCGACAACUCUUAGGAGCAUUGGCUUCCGCAAAGGCUCUCGUAGAAAAGCCGAAUUGGUCCUCGAGGAUACUCCUCACCUUGAAAGGUUAUUAUUACCGUAUUGUGACCGGAAUAAUUCUGUGACUAUCCGGGUUAUUUGGGCACCUAAACUGCAGAUAUUUGGACCUUUCUCAACAGGCGCGUGUGAACUCCGGGUCUUCCAGGGAAUGAGCCUGGUCAGCUCGACAAACUCGAUAUGCACCGUGAAGGUUUUGGCCCUCGGGUGUUCUGAACAUCAAUUGGGUGCAGUUCUUGACGUGCUCAUGUGGUUCCCCUGUUUGGAAAAGCUCUAUGUCACAUUUCACGCACACUAUAGGACGUUUAAGCAAAAUGAGCAGCAGUGUGACCCACUACAUCCAGUGUGCCUUCAGACCCAUCUAAAGAGAGUGGUGUUUAAGUUAUUCAAAGGCUCUGAGCAACAGAUUGAGUUUGUCAUGUUCUUUAUUUUGUAUGCCAAAGUCGGAAACAGAGCUUCUCGAUAUGCUCAAUUUACAUUCAGGAAUAUUAGUGGUUGUACUGAUGACCAUGUCACCAAGCAUAUCCACGAUUUGUCACUGCCUGACCCCUUCAGACUGCCUUAG